CAGCAACAUCCGUCAUGUGCCUGGUGUACUAUGCAAGGAUUUCCUGACCAACAUUCUCGUUGCGAUAGUUCAGAACGGCUGAAGGCGAACGGCUGCGUGGAUUAUUACAUAGAAAAACCGAAAAGUGGCCAGAUCUUUUCCAGGAAUGAUCCGUUGAGCAAUGCGGGAGCCACAGACGAGCAGAAAGCCACCCAGAUUUACCCUCAGGAGUUAAAGCUAAACAUGCGGCCAAAGCAAGUUUUUUCGUUCAACGUUUCGUUUCGCCAGGCGUUGGAUUACCCCGUCGACUUGUACUAUCUUAUGGACUUGUCAUUUUCCAUGGCGGAUGAUAAGCAGAAACUAACAGAGUUGGGUGAUUUGCUGGCUGAAAAAAUGACCAAGAUCACAAAGAAUUUUCGCUUGGGCUUUGGCUCGUUCGUCGAUAAGAAAGUAAUGCCAUUUGUGGAUGCGAGGGCGAAUAAACCCUGUGACACCUGCGUCGAACCAUAUGGCUUUAAGAACCACAUGAGCCUGACAAAAGACACUCGGCGAUUUAAAGAGGUGAAUGAAUCUGCUGUAUCAGGAAACCUCGAUGCGCCAGAAGGCGGUUUUGACGCGAUCAUCCAGUCCCUGGUUUGUCGAAAAGAAGUGGGAUGGCGUCAGAAUGCUCGUAAAAUGAUGGUGUUCUCGACGGAUGCCGGAUUUCAUUACGCUGGAGACGGAAGGCUCGGUGGAUUAGUGAUUCCGAACGACGGCAGCUGUCAUUUGGAUCGACACGGCUACUACACGAUGUCGACAGAGUUCGAUUACCCUAGCAUCAGCCAGAUUCACCAAAAAGUGCGUGAGACCCAAGUGAACUUGAUAUUCGCCGUCACCGAAGAACAGGUACCGUUGUACCAGCGACUGCAGAACGCGUUGCCGGACGUCAGCGCUUCGGUCGGCAAGUUGGCCAACGAUUCGUCUAAUGUCGUCGAGCUGAUCCAGGACCAGUACAACAAAAUCUCGCAAAAGAUCGUCAUGGUCGACAACGUGAAUGCUUCGCAGGGCAUCCAGAUUUCGUACGCGACCGCUUUAUUGCACGCAUCUUGCAUCAUUUUAUUGGCUGAAACAGUACCUUGUUUAUCAACAGCAUAUGUUCUUAUACGGUUUCGCAAAACCAGAAAUGCGGCUUUCUGUUGCGAUUCUUUGUUAAGCGCUUAA